UAUUAAUUAACUAAGCUUAAAUUGCAAGAUAAUAUUAAUCAAAAUUCUAAGCUUGAAAUUUUAGAGCAAAGAAAAAAAAAAUCCACAAUGGCGAUUUCAAGAAUUGCAAUUGGAAGUGCUUCUGAGUUUGGCAAAGCUGAUGCACUCAAAGCUGCAUUAGCUGAGUUCAUUUCAAUGCUCAUUUUUGUCUUUGCAGGAGAAGGCUCUGGCAUGGCAUAUAAUAAGCUUACGGAUAAUGGUGCAGCAACACCAGCUGGGUUGGUAGCUGCAUCACUAUCACAUGCUUUUGCUCUUUUUGUUGCUGUUUCUGUUGGUGCUAACAUCUCUGGUGGACAUGUUAACCCUGCUGUUACUUUUGGUGCUUUUGUUGGUGGACAUAUUACACUUGUUAGAGGUCUUUUGUAUUGGAUUGCUCAGUUGCUUGGUUCUGUUGUUGCUUGUUUGCUUCUUACGAUUGCCACUGGUGGAAUGGAAACAUCUGCAUUCUCAUUAUCUUCAGGAGUAGGAGCAACAAAUGCACUUGUGUUUGAGAUUGUGAUGACUUUUGGUUUGGUUUACACAGUUUAUGCAACAGCAAUAGAUCCAAAGAAUGGUAGUCUCGGAACAAUUGCUCCAAUCGCAAUUGGUUUCAUUGUUGGUGCCAACAUUUUGGCAGGUGGGGCUUUUGAUGGUGCAUCUAUGAACCCAGCAGUUUCGUUUGGGCCUGCUGUUGUUAGCUGGACUUGGGCUAAUCAUUGGGUCUAUUGGGCCGGCCCAUUGAUUGGUUCUGCUAUUGCUGCAGUUGUUUAUGAGACUUUCUUCAUCACCCCUGGCUCUUAUGAACAGUUACCUGUUGCAGAUUAUUAAGUCCUAGAGUUGCAGAUUGUUUGUUGUUUUCAAAUGUUGUUAUAUUUUUGUCAUGUUCUGGAAAAUCAUUUUGCUAAGUAAUGAUGAUCAUGUUUUCUAAA